AUGGCCUUUUCUGAACUCCCAGACUGAGUGGGCAGCCUGGGCAGGUUCCACGUUCUCCAGAUGGUGGCCCUUGUGGUCCCCAUCAUGUGGCUCACCACUCAGAAUAUGCUGGAGAAUUCCUCGGCCGCCAUGCCCAGCCACCAUGGCUGGGCGCCCCUCCUGGACAACAGCACUACCCAGGCCAGUGUCCCCAGGGCCCUGGACCCUGAGGCCCUCCUGGCCGUCUCCAUCCCACCGGGCCCCAACCACGAGCCCCACCAGUGUCUCCGCUUCCGCCAACCACAGUGGCAGCUCCUGGCAACUCCUGCAGCCACCAACUGGAGCGAGGCUGCCACGGAGCCACACGUGGAUGGCUGGGUCUAUGACCGCAGCACCUCCACCAUCGUGGCCAAGGGGGACCUGAUGUGUGACUCCGAGGCCCGGAAGCCCACGGCCCAGUCCAUCUACCUGGACGGGAUCCUGGUGGGAGCUGCUGUGUGCCGCCAAGCCUCUGACAAGUUUGGACUCAGGCUGGUGCUGACCUGGAGCUACCUUCCGAUGGCCAUGUGGGGCACGGCAGCCGCUUUCCUCCACACCUUCACCGUGUACUGCCUCUUCCGCUUCCUGGUGGCCUUCGCCGUGGCGGGCGUCAUGAUGAACACCGGCACUCUCCUGACGGAGUGGACAUCGGCGCAAGCCCGUGCCUUGGCAAUGACUCUGAAAGCCCUGGGCUUCAGCUUGGGCCAGGUCCUGAUGGCCGCAGUGGCCUACGGCGUGCGCGACUGGGCACUGCUGCGGCUGGCGGGCCCUGCCCCCUUCUUCCUCUGCUUUGUGUACCCCUGGUGGCCGGCAGGCUCAGCACGGUGGCUCCUCCUUACGGGCCGGCUGGAGAGGGGCCUGCGGGAGCUACAGAGGGAUGCUGCCGUCAACGGCAGAGCAGUGCGGGACGCACUGACCAUCGAGGUGAGGCGGAGCUGGGCCUUCCCCCUUGAAUCUCUCUUUCACGUGGUCUCAGGGCUGCCCAGGAUGACCGCAGUGGGCCUGGGCCAGACGGCAGCCCGAGGGGGAGCCAUCCUGGGGCCUCUGCUCCGGCUGCUGGGUGUACACGGUGCCUCCCUACCCCUGCUGGUGUACGGGGCGGCGCCAGUGCCGAGCGGCCUGGCUGCACUGCUGCUGCCCGAGACCCAGAGCCUGCCACUGCGCGACACUAUCCAAUAUGCGUGGAGCCAGGCAGUAAAGAAGGCAACACACAGCACCCAGGGGUGUCCUGUUCUGAAAUCCACACGACCUUAG